AUGGCGACGCGCUUGCCAGUUCAGCAGAGUUAUGGAACCACCAUUGUGCCUGGUCCACCUGUGGCCAUGGCGCAACUAGUUGUGCAACCUGGCUCACCCGCUCUCCCGGUGGCACGCACCAUCCAUGUAGCUAAAGAGGGGCCAAAUCUGUUGGCGCCGACUGUGUCUAUAGUGCUUCCGCAUCCUACCGCUGCGGUCCAGCCGCAUCAGCUACCGAUGCUCCUGGGAUCCAAGAGCGUGGACCGUCUCUAUCGCCCUGCACCCACCGCACUCGGAGAUGGGGUCCGCUCAUGGGCGCCGAUCCCUGCGGCAACGCCCUGCACUCCACCGGGCCCACCACAGACACCGCAGAAAGUCUGGACAUCGCAGGGGGUCAAGGCAGCUUGCGCAGUGCCUUUGCAAGUGCCUUCCAGUGUUUCUACAGCAGCCCCCUGCAGCUCCCUGGGUCAACCCGGCUCCCUCCUCGCCACCCCGUCCUCCUCGGAGAAGCCAAGCGACAGCCGGCGCGGACGCAUGGGCUUGGGCUCCCUCCGCGAACAGCUCGUUCAGGCCAGUGUUGAGCUCGGCCGGAUGCAGGCGACCCUGGCAGACAUGGGAACCAAGCUGCCGGCGGCCUGGACUGGGAAGUGCCCAGGGAAAGCGGGCCCAGCCAAGUCCGGGAGUACCGGGCCGAAGGAGUCGCCUUUGCAAGCAGUGCAGCGCGCCGUGAAGCAACUGCAAGGCAACUUGGAGGAAAGCCUCACCUCUGCGGAGAAGGUGCCGACAUCACCUGACACGCGCAAGCGUACCUUCAGUGCUUCUUCUCGCGAGCCGAGCGUCAGUUCCGUCAUGAAAGGAAGAGGAUCCCAGCAGGCGAGUCCGGUACAGCGCACACGGCCAAUGCGGCAGGUUUCCGCGCCCUCCCGGCGUCCCUCGGAAGCUUCGACCUCCAGCCGAACUGCAGGCGCGGGCAUCUCCAGCAGCAUGCGCUCGACAGGGCGCCGCGGGAGUGGAGGCUCGGAUGCCCGAGAACGCAUGAGGAGGAGAUUUGGGCAGAGUUUGGCGUCGACGACCAAAGACCUCCGGUCGGAGAACCAUCGCUGCGAAGUGGAGGAGUCGGAAGGCCGCAGUGUGUCCAGCGACAUUCGGCCCCGGAAGCCUCGGCCGCCUAUGGCGGCCGUCUUGUCGGGCUCCUCCCGAGACCUGUCUCGGGGUGCAUUACUUGGAGGGGCCCACAAGAAUGCCAGAAGCGUCGGCGGUGGCAGGAGCUGCAAGUACGGAAGAUCCCCCGGUCAAGUCCUGAGCGAAGCUCGGCGAUGGCGCGAUGCAGGCAACUCCACGGGUAUUCUUCAGGCCAGGGGUAGCGGCCACGCAGAGGAUCCGGGGCUCUCCCCUACAGACAGCAGCUCCGAGCGGCUGCCGAAGCCGACGCUUACGCCAGUUCUGCGCUGUCGCUGA